AUGGCCAAUCAAAUACGACCCGUUCGCUUACCACCCUUACCUACAAUUAGAGAUUUAGUUAAGUUAUACCGCUUGAGAGCGAUCCGUCAAUUGUCCCAAAACUUUUUAAUGGAUGAAAACCUUACUGAUAAGAUCGUUAAAGCUGCCGGACCGUUAGCGAACCAUUACGUUUGCGAAAUCGGUCCCGGGCCCGGUGGAAUCACACGAUCGAUCAUCAAACGAAGACCUCACAAAUUAUUAGUAGUAGAAAAAGACCCACGGUUUAUUCCUACGCUACAAUUACUACAAGAAUGCUGUAAGGAUCACACCAACAUGAUAAUUGCUAUCGAUGAUAUAAGAAAUUACAAUUUAGAAAACGCUUUUAAAGGAGCCCCGAAGCACAACUGGACUGAAGCUCCACCUCCUAUUCACUUAAUCGGUAAUUUACCGUUCAGCGUAUCGACGAAUCUAAUAAUCAGGUACUUGCAAGCAGUCUCCGAACAAUCAUCUGCUUGGAGCUUCGGAAGAACUUCCAUGACCUUAACAUUUCAGAAGGAAGUGGGAGAACGAAUGGUGGCGCCCAUGAUGGACGAUCAGAGGUGUCGACUGUCCGUAAUAUGUCAAAUGUGGUGCGAUGUGAAAUAUAAAUUCACCAUAUCUGGCAGAGCCUUCGUGCCCAAACCCGAUGUAGAUGUAGCAGUCGUUACUUUGAUUCCUCGGAAGUAUCCGUUGGUCAAUCUACCGUUCAAAAUGGUCGAAAAGGUCCUUAGGAACUCUUUUAAUAUGAGGCAGAAGUAUUGCAUACGAGGCCUCGAGAGGUUGUUUCCUGAAGAGCAUCGGAAGGAACUUGGUUCUAAAUUGUUGCAAUUGGCUGAAAUCGAUCCUACCAUAAGGCCUUUUCAAAUCAGCAACGAGGAAUUUGUUAGGAUAUUUUACGCUUAUAAAAUUUUAUGCGAAGAACGUCCCGACUUGAUAAAUUACGAUUCGCGUGCUCCUAAAGAACAAUUGAUGGAUACUUUACUUUAG